AGGUUUUUAUCGUUGCGAAGCGGGGAAGCGAAUCGAAGUGGGCGAGGGUGAAAGAAGACGCGGAAGAGCGGAGACGAAAGUUUGCGCCCGGAACUGAGAUGGAGAACGGCGGUCCGCUCGUCGACAUCGGAUCCGCCGCGGAGACGGUCGCAGCGGUGGAGGAGGAGGAGGUGGCCUCGGUCGCGCCGCUUCACCAGAUUGAGUCCCUCUGCAUGCGCUGCGGAGAGAACGGCACGACGAGGCUUCUACUCACUCGGAUUCCGCACUUUAGAGAGAUUGUGUUGAUGGCUUUUGAGUGCCCACACUGCAACGAGAGGAAUAAUGAGGUUCAGUUUGCUGGUGAGCUCCAGCCUCGAGGAUGCUGCUAUCGCUUGGAGGUGCCUGCAGGGCGUAGUGAGAUACUUAAUCGGCAAGUGGUGAAGUCUGAUUCUGCAACUAUCAGGGUUCCAGAACUGGAUUUUGAGAUUCCUCCUGAAUCUCAACGUGGAAGACUCUCUACAGUAGAAGGGAUACUAGUUUGUGCUGCAGAUGAACUGGAGUCCCUACAAGAGGAACGAAAGAAAGUGGAUCCCGUCACUGCUGAAGCUAUUGAUGAAUUCUUGACAAAACUGAGAUCACUUGUAUCAGGAAAUGCUGCUUUUACUUUCAUACUUGAUGAUCCUGCUGGAAAUAGUUUCAUUGAGAACCCGUUAGCUCCCUCUCUGGACCCUUUGCUGUCUAUUAAAUUUUAUGAAAGGACCAAGGAGCAACAAGCAUCAUUGGGUUUUCUUGUUGAAUCAUCUCCAGAAGAAGAGCCUGAAAGACAGGUUGAUAGGGAUGCUUUGGCGGAGGAAAAUAAUGUUAAUGUAGUGCAGAGGGAGCCACAUGGCUCUGUUGGAGCUCUUGCUGGCCGUCGUGCAAUUGCCCAGGGUAAAGCUGAGGAUGUUGCAGCAGCCUUGUGUAGAUACUCAGCACCAGAAGAGGUCGACACUCUACCGUCAACAUGUGGGGCUUGCGCAGCUGGAUGUGUUACUCGCUUCUAUUCUACUAAAAUUCCAUACUUUCGAGAAGUUGUUGUGAUGGCAACCACAUGUGAUAUGUGUGGUUAUCGUAGCUCCGAGUUAAAGGCUGGUGGUGAGAUCCCUGAAAAAGGAAAGAGAAUCACAGUGUAUGUGCAGAACAUAGAAGAUCUUAGCCGCGAUGUGAUAAAGUCGGACAUGGCUAGUGUAAAAGUUCCUGAGCUUGAUUUGGAGCUUGCAAGUGGCACUUUAGGUGGAAUUGUCACAACAGUCGAAGGUCUAAUUACUAAAAUUAGCGAAAAUCUUGAGAGAGUACAUGGAUUUUCUUUGGGUGAUAGCAGUGAUGACUGGAAAAGGAAAAAAUGGCUGGAUUUCAAGUCGAGUCUCGCAAAGCUUACGAGUUUAGAGGAACCCUGGACAUUGAUAAUUGAUGAUGCAUUGGCUAGUUCUUUUGUUUCCUUUACCACAGACUCUGUGGAGGAUGACAAGCGGCUUGUUGUUGAGGAGUACGAGAGAACCUGGGAGCAGAACGAGGAGUUGGGUUUAAAUGACAUGGACACGUCGUCGGCGGACAAUGCUUACAGCAGAACCGACUAACGAGGGUUCAUAUUUAAGAUGUAAUUUGGGUUGGAUAUCUAAUCUGUACGAUUAAUUAAGCUAAGGAUUUUUUUUUGUCGUUUUAAAGGCCAUGUAAAAGUUAUUUUGAAUUAUCAGGUUAAGCUACUUUUGUUUACUAGACCAAAUCCAAGAGUGUUAUCUGA